UCCUUCUUUUAGCUUAACGCCUGAUAUCCAUCCACAUUACAAUUUGAGUUUCAGAUUAUCACAUUAAAAUGGCAAAAAGUUUAAGAAGCAAAUGGAAGCGGAAAAUGAGAUCUGCCAAAAGAGAAAGAUAUGGCGAAAAAGAACUGCAAAGAUUAAAAACUAUGCUCGGCAUUAAUCCAACUGAUGUUGAAAUGAAAGAUGAAGCUCUAGACGAUAUUGUUAUUGUAAGGGAUGCAACUGAGUUGAAAAAUGAAGUGGCAGCCAAAGAAAAGGAGGAUUCAGACGUGAUUGAGAUCAAAGAUGUAACUGAGCCGAUGGAAGAUGGCAGAAGAGUUUACGACAAGAAGACAAUGAGGGAUCAACACGGAAACUACCCUGUGUGGAUGAGCUCGAGGAAAGUGAAAAAAGUGGCUAAGAGGAAUAAGGUGGUCAAAAAAGAAAUAAAGAAGAAACAAAAAAAGCGUGGGAAAGGAAAGUGUAAAUAAAAAAUAUUUUUACAA